AACAUAUUUAAAAAUAAAACAAAUCGGAGAGGAAGUCGCUUUUAUGCAUAAUUACCGAUAUUUCUAAUCGAAAAAUCCGAUAAAAGAGUAACAAACGGAUAUUUCCGAUUAGUCUUCAACGGUUUUUUUUCCAAUCACGUUUAUCGGAAAUAUCCGUUUGUUACUCUUUCAUCGGAUUUUCCGAUUAGAUUAGGCCCGGAUUUUUCUCUCAGUGUGAGAUUUUGUAAGUAAUAUCAUUUAGUGUCGUUUCUAUAGUAUUAAACAUAAUAUAUUUUUAGUAUUAUACAUAACAUAUGUACAGGGUGUUUACCGGGAACCGCAUGUUUUUGUAUUGGGUAGUACACGGCAAGUAGUGGGGGGAUGGCGGUUGGGAAGGUCCUAUUGUGUAGAGGGGAGUUGGAAGUUUCAGUUACACUCAAAAUGUGGGACCUUGAGCACCGCACUUUUGUUAUGAGACGGUUUUACGCUAACGGUGAGUCCGUGACCCAAACCCAACGAGGCUUUCGCCGGCACUUCAAUGUUCCGCCGCGUGGGCCGAUUCCGGAUCGUAACACAAUUUUGAGGUGGAUGCAAAAACCACGCACAUUACCAGAGUUGAAGGAAGCCAUCCGAAGAGAAAUCCAAGCCAUUCCACGAGAAAUGUUACAAGAUUCAAUGCGUAACUUCAGGGAACGUCUGGAAACAUGUGUUCAAUCGGAAGGGCACCAUCUACGCGAUGUUAUUUUUGCUACUUAAUUUUUUGUAAGAUUGUCUUAAAAUUCCGAGUUGGUAGAACACAUUGUUUAAAAAAAAUACAUUUUGGUUCAAAAUUUAAAAAAUUGUGGCUUUUUUAAAACCAUGCGAUUCCCGGUAAACACCCUGUAUAUGUUUUUAUGUUGCAGAUGUCUUAUUUGUUUAAAGUUUGGUCGGCCAGUAGAAAACAAGAAAUCUCAUUAGUAAUCAAUCAAUCUGACAACAUGUUAUCUGAACUUAUUACCAAAAGUAAUAACAAGCUUGGUAUUAAUGGUUCUAUUCUUGUCAUGGAGAAGGAUGGUACAAUUGUCGACGAUAAUGAUGUUUUAAAGUUUUGUUCUGGCGAAAUUUUUAUGUUAUUGCAAGCAGAAGAAGUUUGGCCAUCUCAAAAUGAAACGGAAUUUAUACAUUGUGAGAUGUGGAUACCAAAUCCCCUCUC